AGAGCCGAAAGUAAACUUUCAGCUUACUUUGUAAAGUCUUCAGAAUACAACGGUACUGUACAUUCUUUUUUAAAAAUAUGCCAAUUGGUAAAAAUUUAUAUGAUGUUAGUGAUGCUUUUUUUAUGUAGUCCUUGUACGCUUGAGAAAUUCUUUUCGAAUGUACGGUUCAGAAGCUGCCAGGGGUAUGUAGAGGAAAAGAAAGGAUAAAUGGGCUAGAAUUGUGUUAUGGAAAGAAGUUUCAACCUAUUCUUGGAUUGCAAAUUUCAGGUGUGAAACUAUGACAAAUUAAGAAGAUGCUGAUGUGUUACACAACAUUCAGAUGAUUGAUAGGAAAAAACACUAAGUGAAAACAAAAGAUGGCAGAUGGCAGUUACAAAUGCCAUGAUUGCCACAUGACUUUUGGGACACUGAACCUUCUUCAGAAACACAAGCAGAAGUUCUGUGUCGGAGGUUUGGUCGGGGACCCUGAUAGUUUACGUCUGAGAAAGGGCCUACGGUCAGCAGAUGACCCUCCACCCAGACAGUACACCCCUGAGGAGAGGCCAUUAUCAGGAGGGGAGAAAUUAGAGUCCAAGGUACGCCAACUCCAGGCUCUAAAAGCCAAUCGAGAAAAAAGUCGAGAUAUUCGGAACUUGCAAGAAAGGAUUCUAUUGGAUUCCUUAGAAGACACAAACAUCCAGUUAGGAUACCCUCAGUUACAAAGGAGUAGGAGCAGGCUCCCCCUAUCCAAAGACAGAGAUGUACAACAGCUGCAGCUCGAGUAUGAAAUGCUAAGAGAGAAGGAACUAGUACACAAUUCGGAGCCUGGUUAUGGACGAACCAUCUCCCCACUGGGGAGGGAUUCUCGUCUAGACAAUUAUUCCCCCAUGUCUAACACUAGCAUGAGCAUUCAUCUCCCAGACGAUGAUUACCAAAAGUACAAUCCCAACCAAGAUGCACAACUCAAGCAACUAGCAGAGAAUCAUGGGAGACAGAUGGAGUAUCUCCAGCUACGAAACCGAGACCUGGAGAAGCAGAAGGAAGAUAUACAAAGAAGGUUGGGAGAACUUGGAAACAAGACUCGCCCCACUGGUGGGGAGGACUCGUCUCAGUUAUUGGCUGAGCUGAGGGCACAGGAGGAACGCAACCAGAAGUCGCUGGAUGACCUCAAACGUCAGUUGUACGAUAUCAACCACCAAAGACUUAACAUAAUAGAGGUCGAUAAGGGCCACCCUCCUCCUCCCCUCCCUCUGCCCCCUCCCCCUCAGCCUGAAACUGGGAGAAAGUCGUACGUUUAUCCCAUCUACUAUGGUAACUCCAUGGUAGCAGAGAUCAGUGCCAUAAGGCAGGCGUACCUACAGAACGGUGGCAACGAUCCUGACAUCCUCCACCAGAUGGCGCAAAUGCAAGCUGAGGCACAGAACAUUGAGGAACAGAUGAAGAAACAUGGAUACGACAAUCGGCAUAGAGAGAAGAAAGACAACACCCAGAUCACUCAGCUGGAGUUGGAAAAUGAAAGGCUUCACCGGGAAUUGAUGCUUUUACAAGAACAGAACUUUUUAGCACGUGAAAAGAAGAAAACCGAUCGAGAAGAGGAGCUGGAACGUCAGCUUCGUCAACUGAGGGAGGACCAGCUAAGGAAAAUGUACGAGCUUCAGAAUGAAAUCAACUUGCUUAAGAACCGCCCACCAGCAGAAAUUACAGUACGCCAAAAUCCACCCCCUCCCCCAAAAAAUGCUGAUACACCCUGGCUCUUACAGAGACCUUAUGUAGAAGUGGAACCAAUGGCACCCUAUGACCAGUAUGCUGGUUUUGUGAUUUUCUAUGACCUUGUACUGAAUUUGGAUCAAAGAGUGACUGCCUGCAGAUUAAUUGUGGGCCUGCAUGGAGUGUCUGCACAAAUGGGGGAGCCCACACUAAUGCCCACAGUUUACACAGAGCCUGUCACUCGAGGAGGAGCUUAUGGAACAAGCUCUACCAAUGCAAUAAUUGGGGCUAGACAGCCUGUACCAAAAUGCCCACCAGAUUCAGAUCUUGGAAUUGUCGUAGAGUUACAAACAUCUGGAGGACCAGGAUCUGAUUAUGACCAGCACAGCCUUAUUACGAGAGCCUGGACUAAGCUUCCUCUCUUUGAUGGCAGGGGACAGCUUCUUGCAGGAAAGUUCCGCAUUGCCUUCAGAAAUGUUCCCAUUAAACCUUAUCUUCAUCCUAGUCAACUUCAAAAUAUAGAAAAGUUUCAGGAUGCAGAGCUGUACUACCGAGUGGUCAACAUGAGGGACAUGGAGGUCCAAUCUCUGGCCAACAUCUCUCCAGCCAACUUUAACCAGUAUCGCCCUCCUGCAAUCCCCCCACCAGGCAAACCUUUCUCGCCUCGUGCCCCUCCCACUGCAUCAACUGGGCUAGGAAGCUUUCAUAGUCACAUUCCUGGCUCUCUGCACAAACCACUCCCUCCUAACUUUCCCCCACCAGCAAGAGUUACGUCCCCUGAAUCCCAGCUGUCCAGAAGCCCUGAUCUAGAACAGUACGAUACAACUUAUUGUACCCCUGUCCCCACACCUCCUGCUGCUGUGCCUGUCGCACCUGCACCUAGCACACCUCGCACAGCACGCCCAGUUCUUCCCACUCCUCCCUCGGAGAUUUCUGAGAAGCCGCAGAGCCGCCAGGAACGGUUACCAAGUAUCCAGCCUGGCAAGGUCCAGCCACAGGAUACAACAAUAGGAUUCCAGGUUGAUCGCGUGAAACACGCGGAGAAUGGGGAGGGGAAGGUCCGCAUCACUACAUAUUACGCCUCCACUGGAAAGAUUGUACAGUCGUCUACUAGUCCUGUAACCUGCAGUACAACUGCAGUCAAAUCAAAUUUCAAACAUGGCUACCACAUCUUUGGACAACAGGAAGCCACAUUUAGUGACAUAGACUUGCAAGGUGAUAUGGUUGUUAUCGCACGUUUUUACUUACGGAAAAGGCAGACAGAUUUGUCAGAGUUUGCAGCAGACCCAGCAAAUGAGGCCACACUGUACGAUGAGGAGACUUUAGUCGCCUGGUCAGCGAUUCCCCUGGUUCUGUGUGCUGAAAAUCUCAGUGUAAGGGGAAGAAGAAAUUACAAUCCCAAAACAAUGCAGAUCAACACUGGCACUCACACCCUGAAGUUAUACUCGCCCCCCGUUCCUGAUCCCAGCCGGAUCCCAUUUGACGAGAUCCCAGGUAAUAACGACUGGAGGAGGUAUGGUAAGGGGACCCUUAGAAUCAACAUUUUCCAGGGAAAUCCCAGACCUGGCUCCCUAACACCCAGUGACAUGUCAGAAGAUGGAGAGGAAGUUCUUCCAGAAUAUUCAUGGUUGCCAUGUGAACGAUCCAAGCCCUGUCGAGAUCCCUUCUUGUCUGGAGAUGGUUUUGAUGUUUAUGUGGACGGUAGCAGAUAUUUACCAGACUCGGUCACCUUUACCAAGGUGGCAGGACGGGUGCUGGACAGGAAAUAUGAGGUCCAUGGAAAGGACAUCAAUGCCACUGUCAAACUGGACAGCGACAUUUAUAAUCCUGUGUACGAGACUAAAACAGAGUUCAGAGAAAAUAACAUCCCACCAUCAGCAACCAUUUUGUUCAAGGUUUACACUGUGGACAAUUUCUACAAACAGCUGACUGUGGUUGGUUAUGCCACUCUCAAUGUGUUUGUAGAAUCUGGAACAGAAAGACAACCCACCAUAGACAAACCGGGACUACAGGUGUCGCUGAAUGAGGGAGCCCAUCAGUUGAGGUUGUACAGCCAGGGACCAAACGGAGUGGAUCCACUCACAGAGUCCAUUAUCAGGGACGCUGGCAUCAGAUAUGUUCCCUGUGCCUCCCUGUUAGUGAGACUGACCAGAGUUGCUAAAGGACCAUCUGGAAAGGCCCUGGAGCAAAGUAAAGUUCCACAAGCUGAUUGGUUAAGACUAGGUCUAUACCAACCAAGACCCAAGUACACGGACAGGAUUUACUACUCAACUAAAUGCAUGCCUUCCAAAGGAGAGAGCAAGCUGUUCCACUCCAUGAUGAGGCGCCCUGCCAUCAAAAUCCGUGACGCAGUGGCCAAAAUAGCCCAAGCCAAGGAGAGCUUCUACCGCAAUGAUAAAAACUUGGACGAGUACAUCCGAAACAAACUUACCAAGGGAGACAACAAGCCUCUGGACAUUGAUUUGACAUUCAUAUGUCAGUACAGUGCUAAACAGGGAAUAAAGGUUGCUGUUGAUGGUGCAACAAAUUUGCCGUGGACAAACUUCACACAUGCUCACAUCUGUUUAAAUCCACCAGGGGCAUUCUACAUGGGUGCUCCACAUGCCACCUAUGACAAGUUGGUGUUCACAGAGUUUCUGGACCUGAAAUCCACCAACACCUCACCGCAGUGGAGAGAUGGAUUCAAGCAUUUCUCCUCCAGGUCCUACCAUCGCUUCCUCACAGUCAUCGUCCACCUUCAGGAAGUCCAAGUCACAGUGGCCAAAGAGAACUACAAGUAUGGAUUACUGGAACAGGCAUGGACCCCCCUCCAGGCGUUUACAGACAAUUACUGCUAUACCUCAACCUUCCAGCUCCCCCUGUUUGACGGAUCUCCGUCCCCUCAGAUGCUGAAACAGCUAGCCCGGGAACCGUGUAAAGACUGGAUGGAGAGGAACAUCCGCAGCGGGACCAUCCAUUUGAUAGAGGGAGCCUCUGUAUAUAUUCGUCUGGCUGAUGCUAGAAGAGACGAUGAAUUGGCUGGGGAUGUUCCAGGGAACAAACUGCUUGAAGUGAACACGGACUAUAUUCCCCCUGAAAUGGAGGAUAAAUACGCAAGGGAACGACCUGGAAAGCCUCUCGAGUCCAUGGUUCCUCAAGGGAAAACGGCUGAGCAGUUCGUGGAUGGACUUUCCAUAAAAUUCAAAAAUUUGGUGUACAAACUUUAUGAGGAAGGAAAUGUGAAGUAAAAAAGAAUCAAAGCCAACAGCUGAUAUUGUUGCGUGACCUCUGCUGACCUCUGCUACUUACCGAGCACAAAUUUAUCUGCAUUUACCGAAACAUUAGACGAGUACGACAGAAAUUCUCAUCAGUGCUUUAUUUAUUUGUGUACUGUAUUACACAACAUUUUCAUCAUCUGUUUUUAGGGUUUGCUAUGUCACUUUUCCAUUGUUAAUACUUUGACUGUACAACCUUUCCAGUGUCAAUUUAGAUGUUUAUGUAAAAAAUGUACAUUUCCUAAGAUUUUUUGUACAUCAUUACAUUCAAUUUAUUUAUUGACAUUCAUAAAUUUAGACGUAGAUAGAAAAAUACCUGUGCUAUUUCUUAUGACAUGUACAAUUUAUGUGAUGUGUUAUUUUGAUAUUUCAUUUACACUUUAGUUCCGUCCAUUAAGCUGUGUAUGUAUCAUCAUUAAUUUAUAUUUUUGUAUAUCAUUGAUUUAUACAACUUUAUUUGUAUGCAUCAUUGUUCAUUCAUAUUCAACAUCUGAAUCGCUUUUUACAAUAAGAUUUUUAUCACAUUCUUGUUCAGUAGACGUGUUCUAUGAAUUGUAGAUCUCAAAUUGUUCUCUAUAUUGUAGAAUCAUUUUAAUUCCUGGGGGCCAAUGUUUGUGUGUAAGUAAAAUUUUGCUAGUUCAUGGGGACGUAAUUUCAUGGGUAAGCAAUACAAUGUCACUAGGAGAGAUAAUCCUACUUGGUUUAAAAAUGUUCGAGGACACGUAAAUUCGUGGGUAAGAAUGACCCACGAAAUCCACGAACAUCAAUCCCCAAGAACAAUGAUGAUUCCACAGUACAUUGUAUGUACUUGUGUGUGAUAAGUACUUCUAAGUUAUACUUGUGUUUUAAUGGGUUGAAUAACAUUUGUAAACAUCCGUCCUUUAUUGACUGUGAUAUUACUAUACACACACCCACACCUGUACAUAUAUGUCAGAAAAUAAGUUAAUUUCACGAACCAAUCAAAACUUGUCUAUUAGUCUCCAUGAUUUUUUCCUGUGUAACUUUUAUAGAGACCUGUAGGGAUGCUAAAGAAACUUCCAUAAGAUGUGCUUACAACAUACUGUGCUACAGAUAAUGUAUAUAAAAUCAAUCUCCUGUUAGACAAGGGUCGUCAUGCACCAGACCUAUAAACACUAAUUGUGGUAGCAUAUUACUACCACAUUGUUAAGGAUUAAUACUUGUUAGUAUUUUGUAGAGACUGACAGGCAAUGUGGCUUCACAAAUACAGAAACUUUUUAAAACCAUUGCCUGAAUUUUUUUAGACUUAACAUCAAUAUAGAAAUAGAAAAAAAUGAAAUGUUUUGUCUAAAUGUGUUAAUUUCAUAUAUGAAAGCAACUUUUCAUGAAUAAAUCAAAUGAUACAACUACUCUUUCCUUUGAUAUAACAGGAACAUUAUAAAAAGAAUUUAGUUGGUUUAGGACUCCUUUUUUGGUUUGGCACGGAAUAAAGAAUUUGUACACAUUA